AUGGCGGCCGCGGACACUACAUUCAGUGCAAUCGAGCAACUUCCCCACGAGAUUCUGCUGGACAUUUUCGCUCAUCUCGAUGCUGCUGCUUUGGCACGACUCUCAGCUACCAGCUCCCGGAUUCGCCAGGUGGCGCUGCAGGACGUUCUGUGGAAGCCCUUCGUCACACGUGCCAUCUACUCGCUAAGUCCUCCAGUACAUGGUCCAGGUAUUCAUCCCCUCGAGUCCGCACUGCCUCUCUGGCAUCCCGACUUUGGUUUGCAAGCCGACGUCGUCCAUCCUCCCUCCUGGCCGACGUUACGCGAGUAUGUUCACCAAGACCCUGCUGAUCGCUCGAAACCGGUCGAGCCUGACCUGGACCUACAUCAGUUUCAGGAUGCGAUAUCGUUUUACCAGGUCUACGCCUCUUUCAUUCGAGUCGCUGAGGCUUUGCUGGGAUGGUGGGCUGCCGAUGUGCCGUUCUACGGCAUGGUCAUCCGCAUCGUCCUCGACAUGCAUUUCAGCGACGCGAUCGAGCACGCGACAGCUUCUACAGACGACGGAUCCCGGUCCACUCCGAGCGCCCCGGCCUUCAAUCCCUCUGCCUCUGCCGGUGCGAUGAAAUCGUCGCCCUCAAUCGUCUGCCAGCGGGUUUACCCAACCAACCGUCUUCAAGGCCUCGACAACGAUAGGGAGCGAUGGUCCGAGGUCACGGGCUUUCCGAUGCCAGCCAACUCAGCAGUGAUAGGUCAAGGCACCAUCCUCAGGCGGAGCUUGACGCAAAUUCGUACCGAUCUCUGCGAGCCAGGCAUCCGAACAGAGGAUUUGUGGCAUUUCAGCUGGGAUGAUGUCCGGCGCCAAUGCAUUCUUCCCGCGAAGCUCGUCGCGCCUCCAAGUAAAACAUCAUCAUCAUCAUCAUCAUCGUCAUCGUCAUCGUCGUCGUCAUCACAUCCGGAGACUGGAACCAUCAGCCAAAGCGAUAGUAGGGGCGCGAUCCGAGCUCAUAUCUCGAGUCAAUCUUGGCUCAGGAGUCUGGACCCUCAAGAUGCACCCGUCAGACCACCCCGCAUCCCUCGUGCAGCCACCAUAGUCCUUAAUGACGAUGACCAGGACGAGGAUGAAGCGGACCUGCUUGAAGACGAAGUCGAAGAGGGAUGGGUUGUGAGACAAAUGGCUCGAGCACCCGACUUCUUCAACUUGGGUUUCGACCUCGAGGAGGACGAUCCGGCCCAGGACAUCUUGAGGCGACUCAUGGCUGGCCCGCACAGACACGCUGUGGAUGAUGCCGAGCACCACGUCUAUCCGUUCUCGGACGCCGUUUCGGCGCGUCUGGACGAAGGUGCAGAGGACGUUGACGUGCGUGUCUCGACGGAUACUUGGCAGCCAUAUGUACAUGCAAACGAGCGCAACGCCGCCUUCGUACAAUCCCCUUUGGUCGUGACGCCACGGCCUCCAACCAUCUUUCCUCCGCCGGCGCUGCUUCCGGCCAUCCGCUCGCCGCCUUGGAGUCGCCUCGGAAGCGUACAAAUUGGCGUCUCUGACAUCUGGGAGACGAUGUCAGCGAACCGCAGAUGGCUGAUCGAGGGCGAAAGGUUGACGAUCGACUGUCUCGUCAUGAGUCCUCCGCCACCGUACCGACCGUGGCCGAUUCAAGCUCAUGCUCUCGAAAAUGGACCGCGCUUCUUUCCCAUCUGCAAUCCCAGACGCUCAUCGGCACUGCCGAAGCCUGCGAUCAGCUCGACAGACUCGGUGGCGUAUCAACACCUGCCUCUGCCGCCGCGUCUCGAUCCAGCACACGUCGACUUUGACUGGAGUGCCGUUGAAGGGCUCUACAGCAUGACCUACGGUCCUCACGGAAUCGAGCUGCUCUACAUUCGGGCCCGAGAGCUAACCUCGCUCGACUUUGAGCCCGACGAUCGGCUGCCAGCAUGGCCCGCAGAGCCUUUGCUGUCGGACGAUGACAUGUACGAGCAGACACGGAUCAAUCGACGAAGUGCAGCACGUGUCGGCGCGCGGGUUCUCGAAGCAGUCAAGGUGCUAGGCGAUCCCAACAUUCCGCGUGGACAAAUCACAUGGAGGGCAUUCAUCGACGAUCCGGGCAGAAGCGGCGUGGCAUGGCGUCCACCGCCUGCUGGGUUCCGCAAACACACGCCGUGGCCGUUGCGUCCUCCACAGGCGAUCAGUAGUCAGGACGAAAGAUCGCCUGGGCUCGUACUGCCGGCGCAUGGACGGGUGGCGGGAGAAGGGUUUGUUGGACCAGGAUGGGCGACGGCGCUCGCAUGCAUCUCGAGCAUCGAUGAGAUCCAGAUUUGGUGGCAGCCCAUGUACAAGAUUUCGAUCGCCAAGAAGCUGAUUGGCGUCUGA